AAACACGGAACAUAAUAUGAUGAAAUCACAGAAGUGAAAUGUCCUAAUUUUCCAUCAGAAAUGAAACGAAAUUGUAAAUACCUAUUACAACAAUAUGAGCGUAGAAGACAAGGGGAUUACCCGAUUUCUUGAUUUUCAGUAGUUUGAUGGAAAUGCGUUGUGUUGAAGAGUCGUGUCAUAUAUUUAAUCAUAAUAAUGUUGGUUAUCCAUUUAUUUAAUAGUGAAGAAAGAACGCAGAAAUACGAACACUGAUUGAAUGCGAUGGAAUUUAAUAAAUACGUCAUAAAAGGUAAAUAUUCCGAAACAACGUAUUGGUCAAAAUCGGAACUUAUAGAUGAUAAAAAUUGUGAACUUCUUGGCUUUCGAGAUUGUUUACCUGUACUUUGUGGAAAUAUGAAUGAAAGUAAGAAUUCCUCCGGUAUUAAAAAGACUCUGAAAAUUGAAGUAAACUCAGAUACAGGAGAGAAAUAUAUAAAUUUGAAUGGAAAGAAAAUAAAAAUAAUACCAGAGUCAGAACUUCCAAACAAAUUACCUAAGAACGCUCAAGUUCGAAAGAUAGCAUCACUUAAUUCUAUCACAGAAAAGCCACCUAUUAAAGUAAAAGUUUUGAAGGCAGUUCCACUAAAAAACUCCACUGCACAGUACGUAAGCAAUGGUAACACCUCUAGUAAUGAAGGUAAACAAAUGAUAGAGAUAUCUAAAAUAAACCUCUUAUCACAGAAAACAUUGAUAAGGGAAAGUGCGUCCACAAAUGUGAAAACCCUUAGUGGUAAUGUGACGAUCAAAGCAAACACAGCUGAUCAAAAUUCAGAUAUGUUAAAAAGUGUCAGAAAACCAGUUAUAAAUACUUUCAAAAUUGAUUCAAAGAAUAAAUCAAGUGGAAGUGGCCAAAAUGUAAUAGCUUUAGACUUGACAAAGUAUUCAUUGAACCAAGGUCGAAAAAUCGAGAGUUCUACACAGACUGAUAAGAAUAUUGUGGAUGCUUGUGUUCAAACAGAUGAUGAGAUACUAUUCACUGAUUUUGAUAUACUUGAAAUAAUGAAGGAUCUACCAUAUUUGGAACCAAUUCCAAAAGCUCAUGAUAAUUUAGAUAACACACUUAUAUCAUCAAAAAAUUUACAUGAAUCAAAUGGCCAAUCUCACGAUUCAAAUAAUGUUAACAAUUUGAGAGCAAAGAACUUUUUUAAUGAAUUGAGGACAGCUCUACAGCCAGAUGAUAGAGGAAACAUGCCCAUUCAUUUGGGUGUGUUGAGGAACGAUCUAACUGUGGUGAAGAGAAGUUGGUUUAUUUUGAAAAUCUUGAACCAAUCUGUGGACCUCCCUAAUAGUAAUGAUUAUACCGCCUUACAACUUGCCAUCAUGAACGAUUCAUCCGAAGAUAUAAUUGCAUUUUUAUUGUCAAAACAAGCAAGUUUGAGUGUUACCGAUAGUGAAGGUAAUAAUGUUCUGCAUCUGGCCAUAGAGUAUCAAAGAACAGACGCACUGAAAACUUUAUUGGAUCAUGCAUAUAAGGUUAAAUUCAAUUUGGAUCAGCACAAUCAUGAAGGAUUAACUUCACUGAUGAUUUGCUGUUUGAAUGGCCAAGAUCAAUGUGCAAAAUUGCUUUUGGAAUACAAAGCCGAUAUAAAUGUUAGGGAUCAAAUAUCUGGCCGGACAGCCCUGUUUCAUGCAGCUGAAUGCCACGAUUCGGAAAUGGUUCAGCUUUUGCUGCGACAUCAUGCCGACACAAAAUUGAAAAACUUUUUCGGAACAAGUCCCCACGAUGCGAUGUAUGAAAUUGAUGACAUUCCUGAUCAAAUAAAAUCGAUGAUACUGAGUAAAAACAACAAGAGGAAAGUUUUCGACGACCCCCGACCUUUGAAAAUACGAAAAGAAGAAACCAUCAAUUCGAAAACCAACUUGAGGACCUACGCCAAAUUGCAGAAAAUUGGGCAAACGGAAUUAGGCAAAAAAUUACUCACUUCGGUGAAGUAAGUUUUUUGAAUUAAUUUUCGCUUGGCCUUUAGACUUUCUAUCGUAAACUCUGCUUUUCGGGUAGCGCCCAGACAUUGAUAUUCAGCAGAAUAACUGUCCAUUUGAGAUAAACGUCCCAAGAAGGGGAACAGAUGGCAGUGAGCGAAAAAAUAAAUCAAUUAUUCUGUAAUACUCUGUUCUGGGUGCAGGCAAAAUGAAUUUUUGUACAUAAUAAUCUGGUUACAGUUAAUAACAGAAGGCUAUUCGGUAUCUAUCGAGCUUUCGGCAAUGUACAAGGGUGAUUCAAUAUUAUUCUAACGUUGGAGACCAUUUCGUACUUACUAUCGUGAAAAUGAAUGAAAAAAAUUGAAUUUAUAUGAAAACAAGUGAACAUAAAUGGUCUCUAAUGUUAGAAUUAAAUUAAAUCACCCACAGAGUUGUCCUGAAGAGGACAUAUGAGAGAACUGACCAAUACUUGAUGGAAAUCCAUCACAACAUAUUCAAAAAACACACGUCAAUGUGAGACACGUGUUUUUUGUUAUACGAUAGAAACUUUGCUAUCGUCCAACCCAUGUUAGGAAUCACA